CCUGGGGGAGUCUCGUUUUUGCUUAGUGACUAAGUGUAAGAUUUUUGGUUGAGUGAUGGAAUUAAGGUUAUGUGUAGGUUGAGGGUAUAUACAUGUUAAGGGUUUCUGUGGGACUCCAAAUAAGCAAACUAAACACACUUUAUAAAUAUCGUAUACGACUUAUCGCGAGACUUUUUCCAGUCUGAGGGUUCCCUUCUUGACACGACACUGAUUGGCUUUGAGGAUGAGUAUGAUGUAGCUCUUAGGCUUUUCAAACCACAAGGCGGAAGGAUCUGGAGAGCUAACUGACUAAAAAUUAAAAUGUUAUUAGCUUUUGUGUUUAUUUACUUGUCUAUGCUGUGUUUUAACAUUUUAAAUUAUGCGAUGGAAAGAUAAACAUUUAUAAUUCAUUUCAGCUGUCAUAAAGAAGCAUCCAACACGUUUAUAAUGAAUGUUUUCAUGUGUGCAACCGUAAGCCUGCUUUAAUUAGCUGUUUAAAUCUCCACCUGAAUACCAGUGAAGCUUGAUGCUUUAGCUGAGAUUAUACAUUAAGUUCUACCAGGUACACAAUAAAUGAAUGCUCACACAAUACUACAUGGAUUACAGUGAAGCUGAUUGUUGUAUGUAAAUUUUUCAAUGUUAAAAUGCAGGCUUGAUAUGCAGAGUCAACUAAUGGCGCAGAAAUUACACACUUCAGCUUUAACAACUAUCAAAGCUUGAUGAGGCUGAAUUCAUGUUGUCAGCUCGAAAUUGCAGUUUAAUUCCAAGUUAAAUAAAUUUGCCGUAUAAUACGUUUGCUGUCCCCAAGUACAUUUUCUCUUAAUCUCUCCCAAUCACCCUCUACCCCCACACACUCACAUACUUGUUUACCCCUGUCAAACACACAGAGGCAGAUGACGGACAUGAAAGCCAGUCUGGAGCAGGUGGUAAAAGAGAAUGAGCUGUUGAAUGGAUCUCCUGCUGAUCUCUCCACCCAGUCACUCAUUUUUUAUCAGUGUAACAGUUUCUGCAGUGCAAGAUGAGGUUCUUUUAAUCACAGCACAUCCUUCACAUACAUGAUUGGUGGCGGAAAGUUUGCGAACUGUGCUUUAAUUUGACCUAAAAUGCUUCAUGCAGAAUAGAGAACAUCCAUUGAAAACAGCUGCAGUCUCUGUCCACUGGAACAGAAGGAGAUACAGCUGGGGAUGCUAUAGCCAUCAGCAAUCUAGUGGAGCAGGUCAAGUGUGCCGUGGAGGAGAAGGAACAGGCACUACAAAUGUGGCAGGCAGCUGUGCAGGAGCUGGAUCGACUGCAGAACCAGUAUCAGAGCACCAUCAGUGAUGGAUAAGUACAUGCAUUUGAACGGCAACACAUGCAGAAUCAGAUGGCACAGCUUCAACAACAUGCCCAGAAACUCCAGUUGACCAAAAAGAAGCUGGAAUCGUAAGACAAGCAAAGGUCGAGCAGAGAUCUGCUGCAGCGAAAGUGGAGGAGAUGACCAGACUCCUGCAGAACAUCCAGGAUCAGAUGCAGAGGAGGGAAGAGGACGCAGCAGAAGCUCAUGGUAGAGAGGAAGCAUCUGACCAGAGGCUACAGCAACUACAGACAGCACUGAACACGCUAGAGGCCAGGUGUCUUCGAUGCAGCAGGAGCUGUGUUAAGGAGCAGGGUUUGGAGUCCAGGCUGAGAGAGAUGGAGGAGAGCAGUAAAAACUCCAGCGCUGGUUUGAGCAGACUGCUGCUCGCUCAACAGAAAACCAUCAGCUGCUAUAAGGAAGAGGCCAAGCAGCUCACGCAAGCCUUCCAGCAGAAACUCAGCAGCCUUAGGUCAGAGCUGAACAGACAGAAGCAGCAAGCUCAGGAACUGGAGAUCCAGCUGGAAGCCGAUCAUCAGAAGAUACUGGAGUAUGAGAGGCAGGUUUCUGAGCACCAGGAGAAAAACACGCAUCUACAGAGGCGUCUUACUCAGGCAGAGCAACGGGCAGCUAGCAAAUCACAACAGCUGAGUGUGAUGUCACAGAGGAGGGGAGCUGCAUCCAUGAUGGACCUUGAGACUCUUUUAUAGAAGAACUGCAGAAUGUCUUCCACACAUGGAACACAUCUUCCCAGUGAAGUAAAUAACUCCCUGAUGAGCUGAGGAGUGUUUGUUCAUCAAUGGGAUUAUUGAUGAGUUUAUUCGUGUCUUUACUUGACGGAUUUUCCAUGUUUAUCAGCUAGUUGAUUAAUUUGCCAAUGAGUUUAUUGAUUACUUUAAAGAGGUAUUUAAUUGAGUUCACUCACUAUUGGAAAACAUAUAAGAAUCAUUGCAUUGGGACAAAUAUCAAGUAAUAGAUAAUUGGAUUCUUGUUGAGUUGUACACUUCCUAAGCAAGAUGACUAGUGAAACUCUAGAACAUGGAUGCCCAAACCAGGGCCCACUGGCCAAAGUUGGCCCCUGAUGAUCUUUGAUUCGGUCUGCCUGGGGGGAGGGAUGAAGAAAAAAAAUGCUAGUGAUGCAGCUUUACAUUGCAUUAAUUUAGCAGAUUGCAUAGAAAUGUUUUUUGUUUUUGUAUAAUGAAAUCAUAAAGGAGGGGAACCAAGACAAAUGUCACAUUUUAAUAUAAUGCAGUUUGCAGGGCCUGAAAUUCAGCACGGUUAAUGCGCACAAUUUUAAUCAUUACUGCAAGUUCCAUGUCAUAAUGCUGAAAAA